AUGAGCAGGGCAACAGACUCUAUCAGGUCCGCAGACUGUGAACCGGACAGACCCAGGCAUCUGAUGAGCAGUUCGCAUGCGGCGUGCAGUCUCUGUGGCUGGGAAGAAUCCUUCGUCUUGCCAACCCUUGAUGUGUUCACGGCUUUCAAUGAAGGGAAUAAAAGAAUCAUGUAAUGUCGACCACCACGGAACAGCUGAGACAACUCCAGCAGGACAGCUCUCUCUCUGUUAAUGUCCGAAAACUGGUGUGUGAAGUGGGAUUAAAUGACACCAGUGAAAAUUCAGACUGGAGUUUGUACAUAACUGAUGCGGGAACACUGAGAUGGGAAGCAGUCGAAAGAGCUCUUCAUCGGUCCUCAUCUCAAGGUUCCCAUGUGUCUGACUACCACACUGCAGUGUCCAGACUUGGGCCUGUGUGCAGGGCUGUACAUGCCUACCUUUCACAGCUGUCACCUACCGAGAGGAGAAGCAAGUACAGCCCUCAUCUCACCUGGACAGGCUAUGGACAGAUAUUUGAAGAGUGUUUUGAUCUUCUGUGUACACCAGACCAGACUGACUGUGCCUUAAGCCUGCUGCAGGCCACUGCAGCUCUGGAGCGAGCCUUGGGAGAUGUGUUCCUGAUGCAGGGGUCCCAGUGCCCCUCCCUGCUGAGAGACCUGCUGGCCACCAGGGAGCUGACAGACAUUUUUGGAUCCACAGCUAUGUCCUGUCUGCAUGUGCUGAUUGGCCCUCCCUCCAGCCUGAACCUCAGGAACAUUGCCUGGCAUGGAUUCCUCAGUCCUGGGGAGGUACCAGAUAUGUAUGUCAGUUUCCUGUUGGUUGUGGUGGCAACAUUAGGAGAACAGACUCCCUUUCUAUACGAGGUCUCCCACCGCACCCCACUGGAUCUCUCACCACAGUUGCAGCACCUGGAGAAAGUCUUUCCAGUCCUACAGGCAACAGAUCUGCCUGUGCUGAGGGAUGUCAUCCACCAAACUGCAUUCAUCCAGCCUUCAAUGAUGCCUUAUUGGGAGAAAGCUUUGGAGAAAUUUUCAGAUCAAAGCUAUGGCCACAGUCUGUUGCUGCUGCUGCCACAGUUGGAACAUGGGCUGAGAAGAGUCUUCGCUGUAAUGAACAACUGUCCACAAAGGAUGAUGACUGCUGAGUCUUCAGUCCUUUACACAACAUGUGAUGAGAUCCUGUCCCCCACCCUGCAGGAUGGUAGCACCAACCACAUGUCAUCAGAACUGGGAGACUCCUACAUGGAGGUUUUGUUGGACCUCCUGGUGCAUCCUGAGGGCCCCCGGGUACGAGAUCACGCCAGCCAUGGUGAGCUGGACCUGAUGGCCAUUCCUGCUGUCCUAGCCAACCACGUCCUGUGUGUCUGUCUGGCCUUCUGUGUUAGAUACGCCUCAACUGACAUAUCUUGGCUGCAGUCAGAAACAGCUGUCCAUGUGGACCAGGUGGUUCAGAGGUACAAGUCUUUGUUUCAUCCCACAGCUCUGCUUAUCCAAAGGAUGCACACCUGUUUGGAGUCCAUGAGUGCCUGGUUUCAGGUCCCCAGGCCCCCUGCAGACGAGUUAUCAAGAGACCAAUCCAAUCCUGCAGAGGAGGCAGCAAACAACCAAGAUGCCAGACAGGCCAUGUCUGUAUUAAACAUGGCCAUACACAAAGUUCUGCCCUCACACAACUCUGACUCCAGCCUUGCAGACCUAAGUGCUCCUCACUCCUGGCAGCUUUACAAGACGCCGGUGUGUGUGUGUCUGUGUGAACCUGUGAAGACAAUCUACCGACCGCGUGGUGAGCUGGAGCUGGUGUCCCUACUGAGACACAUCAUCCACAACAGCCAGACGGCAUCACAGAACAUCCAGGAAACAGCUGAACAGAGAUGUGAGCUUUGGAGGAACAGGAAACUUCGGUCCAGACAAAGAGAAAACUAUUGUAGGAUGCUGGACAGCCUCCAGACUAUUUUUAAUGGUCUUCAGCUGGUUGUCAUGGUAACAGUCCAUCACCUUCUAACACUAGGAGACCAGGGGCAACUCGGGUCAUCUCAAAAGCAAAAACAGAAAAAAUUUCUCAAGGGUAUCCUGCAGUAUGUGGAGAACCUUGUGUCCAAAACCAGUAUGGAUCAAAACAAGUGGGAGGAGUGCUGCAUACUCACAUCAGCUGCAAUUAAUAGGAUAAAAGAGUACUACAAUGAUUAUAUCUCAACAGAACAUAGCGCUUCUUUUUAACAAAAUAUACUUUACAGUAAUGUUCCACCUUAUAACUGGAUAUACUUUGUCCAAGAUAAGGUUUACCAAGAUGAUAAAUAACAACAGAGCAUGUCAUAUAGAUCUAAAGCUAUCUUUAUUUAUCACUGUUGCGAUUGUCCAUUAAAGUUGGAGCAUGGAUGAUAUUACUGAAGCACAACACAUCAAUGUUGUAACCAUGAAUCUUGGACUACCAAUAACGUUACACCUGAGAUACUGUGGAGCACUGUGGAGAUAAAUAGCACUUUUUACUGGACCAUGCCAUUAAACAUUAACUAUAAAUUCCACUGUG